AUGGAAAAUAGUUUAGGAAAGAAACCCGAGGUAUAUGACAUAUUGAAUGUUCUACUCUCUAGGGGACCUGAUGAAAUACCAGCUGGAGAGAAACCUCAUGGACCUAAUGUCACUGAGAACUCACUCCAAUACUUGGAACAUCUUAGUCAACAUCACCAGAUUCAAAAUAUACAUCAGGCUUUUGAACACAAUGGCCAAGGGAAAUGCUGUAACAGGAAGAGACUAUCCUUUGAAUGUGAAAGGAUUUGUGUGGAACAUACCUCUAAUAAAUCAACUGUCAUUUUAGGAAAUAAAACACUGGUUGAAAGUAAAAAUUUCCAUAAAAAUGUCUAUCUCAGUAAAUAUCAAAAAGCUGGAGAGAAACUCCAUGGAUCUUUUGAAACUCACAGAGGGGAAAAUCUCAUUGAGUGCAUUGAAUAUGAGAAAAGCAUCUACCAGAAGUCAGACAUCUCUAGAGACCAGGGAAUUGCCACAAUGGAAAAUCUUCAUGAAUGCAGUGAGUGUGGAAAAGCCUUUUAUCAGAAGUCAUAUCUCAUUAAACACCAGAGAAUCCACACAGGAGAGAAACCUUAUGAAUUCCUCAAUAAACAUCAGAUAAUUCACACAGGGGAGAAACCUUAUAAGUGCAAUAUAUGUGGAAAAGCCUUUCGUUGGAAGUCAAGUAUCAUUAUACAUCAGAAAAUUCACACAAGGGAGAAAUCUCAUGAAUGUAAUAUUUGUGGAAAACCCUUUUGCCCCAGGACUGCCCUCAUUAGCU